CGGAAACUCCUCCGAUCUUCGCAAUCACUCAUCGAAUGGCGCGUGACAACCAGCUUCCAUGCGACGGCGACGGUGUGAAAACUCUGGCGGAUGAAUCUCUCACUGGCCGCACGUGCGCCACCCCUUCGCACGUGACCUGCGUUUCGUCUCUUCCUCUUGAUCGCUCCGGCGAUGUUGAUCCUCUUCCUGUUUCCGGCGUCGAAUCUGCUGGUGCCGAUGAGUCUAUGAGUGACGGAGAUGAGACUAAAAAGAGGAAACGGUUACUCAGUGGUGAAGCCGAUGAGGAAAAGAGUGACGGAGAAAUCGUGAUUCUCGAUGAGGGUGUUGAUGUGUUCGCUGCGAUUUGUGAAGACUUGAAUUGUUCUUUGUGUAAUCAAUUGCCUGAUAGACCCGUUACGACACCAUGCGGACAUAACUUCUGCUUAAAAUGUUUUGAGAAGUGGAUUGAUCGAGGGAAUGAAACGUGUGCAAAAUGUCGUAGCCAAAUUCCCGAUAUAAUGGCAGGCAAUCCUCGUGUUAACUCGUCCCUCGUGCCUGUUAUCCGUCAUUUAAAAGUUGCUAAAGGUGCUGGUGCUGGAACUGCAAAUUUUUUUUCUUUUACAAGCAACCAAGAUGGUCCAGAGAAUGCAUUUAGAACCAAGCGCGCAAAAACUGGGAGGGCGAAUGCUGCAUGUGGAAGGAUAUUUGUUAAUGUACCAUUUGAUCACUUUGGUCCUAUACCAGCUGAAAAUGAUCCUGUCAGGAACCAAGGUGUUUUAGUUGGAGAAUCCUGGAAGGAUCGAGUAGAGUGUCGGCAGUGGGGGGCUCACUUCGCACAUGUUUCUUGCAUUGCUGGACAAGCAGACUACGGAGCUCAAUCUGUAGCAAUCUCUGGAGGUUAUAAGGAUGACGUGGAUCAUGGAGAAUGGUUUCUAUUCACAGGAAGGGGAAGGAGAAAUUUCACUAACGAGGAUCAGGAGUUUGAAGAAUUGAAUGAAGCUCUAAGAGUUAGUUGCGAAAUGGGGUAUCCAGUUCGAGUUGUCAGGUCUUACAAGGAGAAGCAUUCUGCAUAUGCCCCUGAGCAAGGAGUGAGAUAUGAUGGUGUCUACAGGAUUGAGAAAUGCUGGCGAAAAGCUAGAUUCCAGGAUUCCUGUAAGGUCUGUCGUUACCUUUUUGUGAGAUGUGACAAUGAGCCAGCUCCAUGGAACAGUGAUGAGAAUGGAGAUCGUCCAAGACCUUUGCCUGAUAUCCCAGAGCUUGAAACGGCCACAGACCUGUUUGAGAGAAAGGAAAGUCCAUCAUGGGAUUUUGAUGAAGGUGAGGGCUGUUGGAGAUGGAUGAAGCCUCCACCUGCUAAUCAUGAGCAGAGGAAGAGAAUGAGGAUCGCUAUGACAUGUCUUCUCCUUUUUGUCAUGAUCAUUUUCGUUGGUUCAUCAUCUAUCUUAUACCGGGUUUAGAAGAAUCACCGGCAAAUAACUUGGUCUUUUGGUUUGAUGAUCCCUUAGUUAUCUUCUUGUACCAAAACAGUCUUCUCUAGUUCUCUUCUCACUACUCAAGUCUUGGAAACUUGAGGUUCUAUGGACUCAUAUUUUUGUAUGC